AUGACAUCUAAAGGGAAGGAAAAGAUGAAAUCUAAGAAGAUAAAACAAUCUGUUCCAACUACCUCAAGUAUGCCAAAUAUGAGUCCUCCUCUUCCUCGCCAUCCUCUUCCUCAUCCUCCUCAGUUAACUUCAUUACCAUCUACCAUGUUCACUAUCCCCCCUCCAUCUAAUAAUUCAGUUCAGUAUUAUUCUAUGCCUACCAAAGGAAGUCAAAGUUAUGGUGGCUCACCUGCUGCUAUACCCCCGAGAUUUUAUGGUAGUCAGCAUACUAGCUCACCAGCUGCUGCACCCCCGAGCUUUCAUGGUAGUCAGCAUGGUGGCUCACCAGCUGUUGCAUCCCCGAUCUUUCAUGGUAGUCAACAUGAUUGUUCGUCUUUUGUUGCUCCAUCAUCUUCCAGUCCAUCAUCAUCAUCCAUUCCCAACAUAUCUAGGUUGGAUAUUGGAGGCUCUCGCCCAGUUACAUCUAGUGCUGCUUCUGCACCAUCUAGUAGACGCAGGCAGAAUCUUGGAGGGGAU